CAGCAGGGCAGGCAGUGCAAUAUUAGCACUGGGAUACAAAUCUACUCGGGAAUUUAGAUUCCUCAUCCUCCGGGACCUUUUGUCUUCGUGCGGACACCCUGGGUCUUGUAGCCAUGUCCCUUACAACUCCUGCUCCUUCUAACAAGGGAAACAAGGCCAACAAAAUCAUCACUGACCUGUCCAACAUCAGCCAAAAUGACGAUGAGACAGACCCUGAGGCCUCUGAGUUCGAUCUGGGUACCAAGAUCAAGGCACCCAAAGAUGUGAUGCUCGAAGAGCUCUCCCUGCUCAAGAACAAGGGGUCCAAGAUGUUCAAGAUGAGGCAGCAGAGAGUCGAGAAGUUCAUCGUGACCAACGAGAACAUGCAGAACCUUCAGAACCUGAUCAUGUCCCCUCCCCCUGUUCCACCAAAGCCUGAGAUGCCAAAGGAAGAAAUAGUAAAGGAGACUGUGGAUGAGGAGGUGGAGAAGCAGCAGAAGAGGAAGGACUAUGUACGCACCUACAUAUCCCCAUGGGAACGGGCCAUGAAGGACAAUGAGGAGCUGAAAGCCACGAUGAAGCCCUGCAUGCCUGGACCCAUCCAGAGACACCCAGACCUACCUCAGUACAAGAGCUUCAACAGGAUGGCACUGCCAUACGGCGGUUAUGACAAGGCAUCCAAGUUGCUGACCUUUGAGCUUCCAGAGCUCAAUGUUGCCACCGAGGAGCCUGAACCUCUGCCCACACUGCAGCCUGACAUUCGCUCGCGCCCCUCGUUCAACCGCACGCCCAUCGGCUGGGUCUGCAGUGAAGACAAUUCACACAUCCACACAGAUCUUGAGAUCCCCUUUGACGGAGAGACAGAUGACCUGUGAUGAGCUUUUAAAUUUGCAGCACCUAAUAACUCAUAAGUCCAGUGAGAACUCCCAACAUGUACUUUAAUUGUAAAAAAACCCCUAAACAAACAUAAAUUAUUUAAAAUUGAUAUGAUGGAACAGGACAAAUUAUCUCCCCUGCUCUACUGUGUGCUGUCUUAGCCUUUACAUCCUCACCUAUGAAUGAGUCUGUGACUUUGCAUAUUAUGAGAUACUGUGAGACCUGAAACAGACAAAC